AUGGAUAUUUCUGAUGAGGAACUGUUUGAUGCAAUACCAAAUUGUAACUCUUUAACAAACAUUGGUUUGAUGGAGCAAUCGAAGGAUUUCAUACAAGAUCCAAUUUCAGAAAAAACAAACAAAAGUAUUAUAACUAAAGAUAUUUCAGUAAAGCUUACACGUUUGUCAAAUGAUAAAGCAAAAACAGAAAAAAAAAUUUUUCCUCUUAAAAAGAGGAGACGUUUUGUAUGGAAAUUUGGAACCGUGCAUAAGAAAACAAAAAAAGCAGCAUCUGUAAAAUCUUCACAAGGUUUCCGAAAGAUGGAAUUGGCUACCGAAGUUACUUUGGGUAUAUCAGAAGAUAGGACAAAUGAGCGAAUACAAACAAAUUCGUUUAAUCAAGCAUAUAUAGAAGGAGAAUCAAUCGGAUAUGUUCAACAGGCUGAAGAAGCUGCACAGAGUGAUACUGAAAGUUGUAUUAUAUUGACACAUCGUACACAGAAAGAAAAAGAAGACGAAAAAGAAAAGGACGACAAUAACGACGAUAACAAUGAUACUUAUGUAUGCGCACGUGUCAUACCAUAUGAUUCUUAUCGUAAAAAUAGCAUUACAUACUUACAUUCUAAUAAUCCAGUGAAUUCCGAUUCUUUAUUUUCGCUAUCAUUAAACGGAAACACAGUGAAUUCCGAUUCUUCAUCUUCGCUAUUAUUAAACACAGAAUCGAGUUUGUAUAAUGAAUCUAGUAUGAUUCACUCGUCUAAAGCGAAAAGAUUAAAUCGUAAAAGAUUAAAGUUUAAGGCUAAAAGAAUGCAGAUGAAUGAAUGGAAGUUUAAGAGAAAAUAUAUUUCAUCUGAUAGUGAGAUUGACGAGAUUCCUGUAUCGAGGAAAAGACCUCGAAUAUUGUCGUCGGAUGACGAUAAUGAAACUGUAACUAUAAAUAGUACGAAAGUGAUUGAAAAUAGUCAUAAUGAAAAUAGUCAGAGUGAAUCUCAUUUGCUUUUUGAAAAAGAAAUGGAUAUACAGAUUAGUCGCGUGGCACGAGUUACUUUAAUGAGAUUGGAAGAUAUGGAUGAUGAAGAUGUUAUUAAAUGGAGACACAGUAUAACGAACACUUCAGAUGUGAUUGUAUCUGAAUCAGUAGAAAAAGAAUUGGAUCAAAGUAACUUAUUGCAAAAUUUCAUACCUUUAGAAUCUUCAGAGAAAUCAAUUUUGCUAAAAGAAGAUAAGUUGUUGGAAACAAAAGAUACUUCUAUUUCUUUACCAAUCACGUUGAAAUCUAAUAAUUGCGUUGAAAAGCAUCACACAAAAUCAAAGAAUUCCUUGCGUAAGCUAAGAAAGAAAUACAAACUGUUCAAGAAACCGAGAGUUCUAAUGAUAAAAUUGGAUUAUCUAAAAUGCCAUUCUGAAAAUGGCAAAUAUUCGGCGACUAUCGUCGAUUAUUUAACAAAAAUAUAUGUAAAUACUGUAAGAAACUCUACCUUUCAACAUGAAUCAAAGAUAUAUAAACGCGUGACCUUACGAAGAAAAAGUAUGAUAGAUCUCAUGGAUCAUAAUAUAAGUUCCAAUGCGUCUGAACAACAAAAUAUGAGCAUAUUUAACUCAUGCAUAGAAGAAAAUUCAAUAAAAGAUGCUCAAACCAUAGAAAAUUAUGAUAAGAAUGCCCCAUUCAUAAUUCGUAGGAUUGUACCCAUGCAAAAUAAGAAUAAAUCCUCAUCGCCAGAAAAGUCUGAAAAGAAUAGUGUUUUGUCGCAGAAACGUUUAGAGAUAUGGCGUAACGCGUUUCGCACAUUAAUGAUCGAAAAUUUACAAGAAAUCCCUAAGCAAGCUUCUAGUCAGUUAACAUCAAUGUCGAAGAAAUCGAUGAAUGUAGAACAUGAAGAUGUUUCUUCCACUUCCACAUUUAUGUCUUUCGAACCAGUCGGGUCUCAUGCCGAUAAAAAACAUGCUUCGUCGAAGAAAUCAACAGAAACAUCAGUAAAAUCAACAGAAUAUAAGGAUACAUCCAAAUCCGAAUCACCCAAUAAAAAUCUUCGACAACAUACAAGUAUUAUAGCAAUUUCUAAAAACGACUUUUCUCAAUCUAAAGACAGCACUGUUUCCAAAAGCCCGCGCAAAAGUACUGAAGAGGCAAACAUUGUUAUAUCGAAUGCUUCUUCAAAUUCAAAUAACAAGACAUCAGAGAAAACAUUAUCAAAAUCAUCUGAGAAAGCGAAUAGCUUCGAAUCAAUCAAUGAUAUGACAUUCACAAAAUCGAAAAUCUCGGAAGUGCGCUGUACUAAAGAGUCGCCACAUAAAGUAGAAAUAACAUGCAAAUGCAGCAUAUGCGGAGUAUUAUUUAAGAAUUCUGAACUGCUAUUAAAACAUAUGACUUUGAAUUCGCAUAAAAUCUGUACAGUUUUAACUUCUACGUCUAAACAUGUAGAAGAUGAAACGGUUGUAGAUAAGAACUGCAGACGCAAUUUGGAAGAUUUAGAAUCAUUGAUAUCGCAACAGCAGCAACAGUCUUCUUGCAUUAACGAGAAAGAUAGUUCGUGUCAACUUGUUGAUUUCAACAAAUCAUUAUCAUCGUCGUCAUCGUCAUCGUCAUCAUCGUCAUUGUCAUCGUCAUCGUCAUCAUCAUCGUCAUCGUCAUCGUCAUCAUCAUCAUCGUCAUCAUCAUCAAGAGACGUUGAAACGCAAUGUGAACAUUCCUGCACGGAGGAAAGGGAAACUCGAUUAACUGCAGUUAAAUCGACAUCGAAGUCAAAGUCGAAAUCAAAAUCAAAGUCGAAGUCGAAGUCGAAAUCCAAUCUGAAUCUGAAUUUACCAAAUAAGGCAAAAAUGAUAAAAUCUAAAAACAAUAAGUGGGAUUCCUCGACGAAUGUUAAAUUAAAACGAACGGUUGCAUGCAAAAUUUGUUCACGUGUCUUUAAAAAUUAUCCUCAACUACUCCAACAUAUGUUCAAGCAUAUGGCCAACGAUCUCCGAAAUAUGUACACGUCGAUCGAAAAUGAGAUUACUUCUACACAUCAAGAGCAUAGCGAGAACAAUGAUCGACCUUCCAGCAAUACAAUAGAGAAUUCGAUAGAAGCAGUUUCGAUGGAGGAGAAUGUUGAAGUAACUGAAAAUACUACUGAGCAAGAGAAGAAUCUAUUGGAGAAUACAAAUAAAUCCAGUACAGAGACUGCUAUUGCUUUGGAAGUAUUAUAUGAUGCAUCGAAAAAAACAAGUAGAGUUUUGAACUCAGUGGUGGCAGAACAAAAUAUAGAGAAGCAAUCAAUGUCUGCAGCGAAUAAAGCACAAAAUGUAGAGAAGGAAAAAACGAAUGUGGCUGAGCCAUCUUCGGAACUUCAGUCAGUAAAAUCCUUCAAUAUCUGCGAGUGUCACAAAUCUGAGAUAACUGAGGUAUCUAACAUACAGAUUGAGAUAGAUUUGUUUUGCACCACUUGCCAAACGCUGUUUCGACGCCUCGAUUGCUUCGAAGCACACUGCAUCCAAAAUACUGCGAAAGGUACGCUUUGCAACAAAAACCGACGACGCGGUAGGAAAUCCAAACUGUUUUGUGUUAAAUGUCAGCGAGUACUGAAUUCUGUCAAGGAGUUACGUCAACAUUUGUCAACGCAUACUCGACUCAAUCGCCAGGGCACAGCAUCUUUCUGUUGUAAUAUAUGCAAGGUAAUCUUCUACGGUUUCGGAACACUUUUCAACAAUCAUUUCCAAAAUCACGAGAAGAACCCGUUUUUCUUGGCUAGCCGUCUCUCGUUCCCAAGACCCGCUUAUAUCGGCUCGAAAAUUAAUCAGCUAUCAACCGCAGACAAAUCGGCAGAGGUUUACAUGCAAGUAGCUGAUUAUGUAUGUCGUGAAUGUAGAACGCCUUUCGUCUCGGCACAAGAUCUAAAGUUACACGAGGCACUCUGUCAAAAGGCUUCUACCAUCAGCGAUCCUCGCAACAGAUCCUCUAACAGCAGUAGCCUGAGUAACACUGUCAAAAUACCGAUUCUAUUGAUAUGCGGUUUCUGUAACAAAACAUUUUAUAACAAGACGACUUUUGAGCUGCACACGUUAGAGCACAAGAAAGGAGAGCCGCAUUUACAUUAUACUUGCGUAUCUGUUACUGCCCUGGCGAAAGUAUACAUCUGCAAAGUGUGUAUGUCUAUGUGGCAAUCUUUACAAGAUUUCGAAAAACAUUGGCAAAUUCAUGGUGUACUUCAGGAAGAUUUCGUAUGUUCUCGUUGUCAACUUCAUUUUGACAGUGUCGAGUUGUUUCACAAACAUGCGAUCAAGCAUAAAAGCAACGAGAUUCAUCAAAUGCCAAUUACGUGUGAAGUAAUCUAUCGUGAUAUUAGUAACCAGGAUUCUGAGAAUUCGCGAAGAAACAAAAUUAUAAACAAUUUACCUUAUGUAGAUCUAAGUUGUUUUGAUGACGGAAAAGAAGCUGAGAACACCACAAACGAUAAGUCACAUGAAUCACAAAAAUCACAAGAAUCAGUUUGCAGUUCUGCAUUGCAGAAUAUAGUUGAAAAUCUUUUGUCUGAGAAUCGAUUCGCGGAAACCGAGGUAACAUCAGAAUCAGUAACAAUAACACCGGAAUUAACAAAAUCCCCCAAUAAAGAGAGACAAACAAUUAAGCAGGGAGUGAAUGAUUCGUUCACUCGUACUUCGGUUCAAGUUGCCUCCACCAAUGUUACAGUCGCACACUCGAAACAAAACAACAUAGAAAACGAUUCUGAUAAUGAUGAUGAGCUAACGAUAGUAUUGUCGGAAAGUGAGGAGAGUUUGGUGUCGGGUGAAAUUGAGAAAACAAUUGAUAGCUCGCCUUCUAGGCGUAAGGAUACACAAGAGAAGUCAACAUCUACUUUUGUUAUUGCUGAUGGGCAAAAGACACGUUCCAAUAAUACGGUUUCAAUUAACGCAUCUACGAAAAUUACCAAUAAUGCUAAUGGAAAUUCGAACUUAAGUACUCGGAGUAGCGUAAUAAGUCCAAGGAAAAUUGCGACUAGGCAGAUAGAUGUUAACUUAACAACGGAGACACCGGUGAAUCAUGCAAAUAAGAUCCUUGAAAGUAGCACAGAUCAAGCAGAUAUUACAUCUUCGAAAGAUAAGUCCAAGGAACCGUUACCGAAGAACGCUAUGAGUUCCAUACCUAAGACCUUCCUGCGUGUAAAAUCUUUGGCUGAAUUGAUGAAUGCUGCUCCAUUGAAGAGUCAUAUCUGUCUAGUGUGUGAUCUCUCAUUCGACUCCGAGCACAAAUUGAAGGAACACGUGACGGUGCAUAAUAUUCUGUCUUCUCAAGACAGCCAAAGUAAUCAAGCAUCUUCACCCAACAAAAUUUGGCCAAGGAGAUCGAUCUCGAAAUCUUCUAUGUUCGAUACAUCAACCCAGGAACAUAGCCUUCCUCCUUUGGUGGCGAUCAGUGCGCCUCUAUCUGUCAAUGUGCGUCCACAUACACCUACCCAUAUAAUUGACAAAUCCCGGCGGUAUCAAAUUAUCAAUGUGAGGUCAUUGAACACAAACGAAUCUGAUACAAAUGUGAAUGCAUCAAAACAAAAAGAGGCAGUACCAUAUGAAACCACAUGUAUUCCGUCGUCGAACAACGUCGUCACUACAAUACAUUUACAAAAUAUCCAACCUAAAAAAACGGCCUAUCAUCAAAAUUUACCGCCUCAUAUUGGUCAACCAUUAAAUAAAUCUGUGCAAUCUGUUCAACAACAGCCGAAUACUGGCACUGCAGCUAUUAAACCGUUCCUGCGAACUUAUCAAGGACCUAGGUUGCCGCCACCGCCUUAUCCGGAACAGUUGCAGCAGCAACAACGGCCACAACAGCUGCAACAACAACUACAAUUGCAGAUACAAGAGUUUCUGCGUCUUCAGCAGGAACAGAUGCAGUCACAAGAACAGCAGUUACAAUCGCAACAACGGCAAAUACAGUCGCAACAGCAGCAGAUACAGUCGCAACAGCAGCAGAUACAGCCGCAACAGCAGCAGAUACAGCCGCAACAGCAGCAGAUACAGCCGCAACGGUACCAGAUACAGCUAGCAACAGCAGCAGAUACAGCCGCAACAGCAGCAGAUACAGCCGCAACAGCAGCAGAUACAGCCGCAACAGCAGAUGCAAUCGCAACAUCAACAACAGGUAUGUCUUAUCAAUUGACACCCACCAAAGCAGUCCCGGUGAAAACAAAUUCGGACAACAAUAUGUUUGUAGCCGUGAACACGAUGCAGCAGGUCUCGAAGAAUCCAGAUCGUUUUGUUUGUAUAUAUUGUCCAGGUUUCGAAUGCGGUUCGGUACAAGAAUUUACAUUGCACGAGCAUUCACCAAAGCACGAAGCUCGUAGUCAUUAUAAUGCAAUUCCGUAUAUCUCGAAUAUAAAUAAUCAAUAAGAAUCACACUUUUUUAAGUCUCUCGAUAUGAAGCAUGCGAUGAGUAAUUGGUUCGUCGGUCAUUUAUAUGAAGCGAUGUUAGGAACGAUGUUAUAAUCGUUCUAUCCGAUGGAAUAAAUAUUUUAUUUUAAUCCUUUAAAUCGUACAAGUUUCAUUACUAUGUAAUGAAGCACGAUGUAAUGAAGUACUGAUAGCUCUAUGCUGACUCCAUUAAUGAUGUACAUAACGCUAUAUAUAUAAAUAAUGAUGCAUUCUUAGCUGAAUCGUGAGAAUUAUAUUGAAUAAGAUUUUGAUCAUCUAAUGCGAUUGUAAAUGUCCAAUAAAAAUCGCAUUUCCUUAAUACUUAACUUUUUAAAUAUGAAAUUGUAACAUGGAGUGAUGUUUCUUUAUUGAUUUUCUUCUUCGAUCUAUUAAGAGAGUGUAAAUCUCUGCAAAGAGACUUUUUUAGUAAUGUCAUUUGCUAUUUGAAAUCAGAAAUAUUGUUUCCACAAAGUUACGACACCAAAUUAAACAAUUUAGAUGUUUUCGGAAACGCAAAGAGUUGAAAGGUUAGCAUUUAAAUUAGUUUUACUGUUAAUAUUUCUUGUUCCUAUUACUAAAUGACAAUGUUUGAGUAUGAACGUUAAACGAAAAUAGGAUAUUAAUAGGAUAUUUCGAGAUGUUGAAAUAAAUGAUAGAACGUAUCUAAAAUAUGUUUCUAGUGAUUGUA